CAUACUAUUAAUUGGCCAAACAUGCCAUUCCAGCAAUGGGCUGGAGCAGAGACGCACGCCGAUGGGUGCCAAGAUUUGCAGUGAGCUCACAGGCAGAGAUACUCGAGCAGUGGAAGCGCCACGGGUGAAUCCCUACGUGAAUCCAUACGUGAAUCCAAGCUUCAAUCAUUUCAAUCAGUUCAUGAAUCCUCACUAUGCUGGCUUAAAUCCGCUCUUACCCUUUCCACCACACGUGGGUGGCCCUGGAGCUCCGAGCCUCGUCCACCGUGCCCCGGCGCCGGGCGUGCCCGGCUUCGGCCCGGCACUGCCGGCGGGCGCCGUGGUCCGGCCGCCGCCCAGCCAUUGGGCACCUGGUCCGAGCGGGCCAACCGGGCCGCCGUUGCCACCAAAGGUGAGGCUGAGGCAAUUCGAUGGGCAUCCAGAGGUUUGGGUCUACGAGCAGCCCAACCGCUUCAGGCAGAUUGGGGCCAUUCCCAAUGGCACACUGGUGGAAUUCUUAGGUGAAGAGGGCUCCUUUCGCCGCAUCCGCUGCGGAAAGCUGGAUGGCUGGGUGGGUUCCAAGAACGUGGUACCUGAGGGUUUGGGAAGCAGCCCUGGAAGCAGUGGAGGUGGUGCAUCUCCCAGUCCAAUCAGUCGACCUCCUCUCUCCGCGGCCGGCAGCGCGGUGGACUCGCCGCCGGCACCGGACCUCUUCUGCGGGCUUUUCUCGGAGGAUCCCUCGCCCUCAGGCGGCCUUCCACGCUUCGAGUCACCCCAGGCAGGCAAGCUGCCGGCAAGGGGCGCCGGCGGCUAUGAAUGGAUCCGCAAGGCGAAUGGAGAGCCUUGGUUGCCUUGGCUGGUGGUUUCAAAGAAUUCUUAUCGCGUCAUGUUCAAAAAUGUUCAACCGACGUUGGGAUGAUUGAUUGGGGCCAAUAAUUAUGUUUGGUUGAUGCAUUAAUGCCACUUUGGAUUUACUUUUGGUGAUCACCAUUGUUCAAUCCCAAUC